AUGUCGUUGAGCCCAAAGCAUACAACGCCUUUUUCAGUGACAGAUAUUUUGAGUCCAAUCGAGGAGACCUACAAGAAGUUUAGUGGCAUGGACGGCACAGGAAACCUAACCUCUCCACUGGGAGCCUACCGACAGCCUCAGGUGUCUCAGACCGGCAUGCAACAGCACUCCAUGGGCCACAACGCCACGGUGGCCACUACUUACCACAUGCCGCACACCGUCUCCCAGUUCUCCCACAGCGCAAUGGGGGGAUACUGCAAUGGAAGCAUUGGCAACAUGGGAGACCUCCCGUCGUACCAGGAAAGCAUGCGGAAUAGUGCAGCAGCAACAGGGUGGUACAGCGCCAACCCCGAUCCAAGAUACUCCACAAUUUCUAGAUUCAUGGGACCUUCCACAGGUAUGAACAUGACCGGCAUGGGGAGUCUCACAGGAAUGGCGGACGCCACCAAAUCCAUGCCAGUUCUCCACGCUGCGCCCAGGAGGAAACGGCGCGUGCUGUUCUCGCAGGCUCAGGUCUACGAGCUGGAGAGGAGGUUUAAGCAGCAGAAAUACCUGUCGGCGCCGGAAAGGGAACACCUGGCCAGCAUGAUCCACCUGACGCCGACCCAAGUGAAGAUCUGGUUUCAGAAUCACCGGUACAAGAUGAAGCGCCAGGCCAAGGACAAGGCAGCGCAGCAGAUGCAGCAGCAGCAGCAACAGGACGGUAACCUGUGCCAACAGCAGUCGCAGUCCCCGAGGCGCGUAGCCGUGCCAGUUUUGGUGAAGGACGGUAAACCGUGCCAGAACGGCUCCAACACGCCGACACCGAACCAGCAACAGGUACAACAGAGUCAACAACAAAGCCAACAACAGAACGGAGCCGGAGUCGUGCUCGCAUCCUCGACCAGCAGCCUCGCCCAGCAUCAAAGCCAGCAGGUGAACGCUUUGGAGCUGGAGGAGAUGUCACCCAGCCCCCCCUCACUGCACAGCCAGCUCAACAUGGCCCAGAUAGACACAUCUGCUGUAGAUUACACCAGUAACAUGGUCAGCUCAAACCUCCUCUACGGCAGAACGUGGUAG